AAUCAAAAUUAAAAAGAAGUUCAAAGAAGAACCCAGAAAAAGGGCUAAGCUUUCCUUCUCUUUCAGAGAGAGAAACCUCAUUCAAUUCUGGAGAGAGAAACAAAAGUUCAUGUGUACUUUUUGUUAGGGUUUUGUUCUGGGUUUAUGAAAUUGAAAUUAUUAUUAUUAUUAUUUUUUUCAAAUUGAAGGAUUUUUUGGUUAAAAAUCAUCAAUUAGUUGAUGGGUUUGUUCAAAUUUAAUUUAAUUUGAUGGUGAAAUUCUGGGUUUUGUUUUGUUUUUGUUUUUAAUUAUUAUUAUUCUGGGGUUAAAUUUGAGGGUUUGAAAGAAGAAACAGAGGAGAUAGAAAUUAAAGAAAUGUAUGUGGCUUCUCCCAUGCGAAAGUCGUUCAAGGAUUCUCUGAAAGUUCUAGAAGCUGAUAUUCAACAUGCUAAUACUCUGGCAUCAGAAUUCCCUAGAGAAUAUGAUGGGGCUUGCCUUCAGAUGAGAAUGUCAUACGCUCCUGCUGCCCAUUUCUUGCUUUUCUUGGUCCAGUGGACCGAUUGCAACUUGGCAGGGGCACUUGGUCUGUUGAGAAUUCUAAUUUAUAAGGUUUAUGUGGAUGGCACCACUACCAUGUCAACACAUGAAAGAAAAGCAAGUAUCCGAGAGUUUUAUGCGGUAAUAUAUCCCUCCUUAUUACAACUUCAAAGUGGCGUUACUGAUACCGAGGAUAAAAAACAAAAAGUUGUUUGCAUGGAGAGAUAUCGGAAAAGAGAUGAAGAGGAAUACAGGCAGUAUACAGAUAUGGAUAUUGAAAGAGAGGAAGAGUGUGGUAUUUGCAUGGAGAAUUACAGCAAAAUUGUGCUGCCCAAUUGCAACCAUGUCAUGUGUCUAAAGUGUUAUCGAGAAUGGCGCUCAAGAUCACAAUCCUGCCCCUUUUGCCGAGAUAGUCUGAAGAGGGUGAACUCUGGAGAUCUUUGGGUGUUCACCGACAGUAGAGACGUGGUUGACAUGACAACAUUGACGAAGGAGAAUCUUAGGAGGCUGUUUAUGUAUAUAGAGAAGUUGCCCCUGAUUGUUCCAGAAUCCCUAUUCGAUGCAUAUGAUUCACACCUGAAAUGAGGGAAAGGACUAUGGUCUGUUUAGCCUACAGUAUUGUCGCUGUCGCAGCUGUGGUUAGCCUACAGUAUUCUUGCUGUCGCAACAGUUGCUUAUAGACUGGUCUGGUUAGAUUAGUUAGAAGUGCAAAUGUUCUUUUAAAUGACUUUGCUGUCUAUUCUGUGGUUAAAUCUCAUGCCUGAUUUAUUUGAAGGCAAGAGAAGGAAGGUUGGGGUGGUUUGCUUUUAUGGGUUCCGUAAAUUUGUAUGUAGGUAAAAGUGUACAUGCUUGUACAGCUCUGUUAUUCAGAGAAAAAAAAAAAUGGUUAGAAAGAAAGGGGAACUCCUUUCUUUUGUUUAUAUUCAAUGCGGGAACCCAAGGCACUCCUAAAUUAUGUUGUGAUCA